GAACCCAACCAAAGAAGAAGAAGGUCGGUGGGUGUGCUGUCCAGUCCGGGGUAGAGUGGAUCCCAGCCAGUGUCUUAUUUUUUUUCCCACUCUCAGUUUACCGUUACAACAUGAAAAUGAAAUGAAACCCCAGAUCAUGUCUUAGCUGUUCUUCCGCUCUCGCGCUCUCUCAUCAUCUAUCUGCUCCGGAAUCUCAAUAAAGCAUCUCCGCAUCUGCAUUUUGCAAUGACGGUCGUGACCACAACUAAAGCUGCCGCAGUUGUCCCUUGCAAAAAACUCAUGAAGUUCGGGGCUUCAAUCUUUCGCAGGGGCUUCAACUCAUCCAAAUGCAAGACAAUGGCGAAACUGGCCACGGCCAGGAUAAAGCUUCUGCGGAACAAGAGAGAGGUGGUGGUGAAGCAGAUGAGGCGAGAUGUUGCCCUGCUUCUUCAAUCUGGCCAAGACGCCACUGCAAGGAUCAGGGUUGAGCAUGUGAUAAGAGAGCAGAAUAUUAUGGCAGCAAACGAAAUUGUUGAACUCUUCUGUGAGCUAGUUGUGGUACGACUCCCAAUAAUUGCAAAGCAGAGGGAAUGCCCAGCAGAUCUGAAAGAAGGAAUAUCUAGCUUAAUUUUUGCAGCUCCAAGGUGUUCAGAUAUCCCCGAGCUUUUACACAUUCGAGAUAUAUUUGAAAAGAAAUAUGGUAAAGAAUUUGUAUCUGCUGCAACUGAUCUACGACCUGAUUGUGGUGUAAAUCGAACAUUGAUUGAGAAGCUCUCUGUUAAGACACCUACUGGUGAAGUAAAGUUGAAGGUUAUGAAGGAAAUAGCUAAAGAGCACCAGAUUGUAUGGGAUACAGCAGAAUCUGAGAAGGAGCUCCUCAAGCCCCCUGAAGAGCUGAUAGAGGGACCACGUACAUUUGUUAGUGCUGCCAGCAUGCCUGUGAAAUCACAAAAUGUCAAACCAAAUGGACCAUCUAACAGGUCGAUGGAUGUUGGAGAACCUAAUGUGAUACGUUUCAAGGACACAGCUUCAGCUGCUCAAGCAGCUGCAGAAUCUGCGAAAAAAGCAAUUGCUGCUGCACAAGCUGCUGCACAUUUGGCGAAUAUGAACUCUCACCAAGUGACUGAACAAAUCAAUAUGGAGAAUUGGUCUAGCAACAGAGAUGUGCUCGAAUCCCAGACUGGCGAUCAUUCUGUGCCAAGGGAUCCACCAGUAGUCUCUCAGAACAGAAGUCAUCAAUCUUCGCUCCCUGGGAGACUAAACGAGUCAAGCUAUUUAAGCGAUGAGGAGGAGGAGGAGGGGGGCUCCGCCAAUUUGGUGGAUGGUAGGAAAUUUCAUAGGAGACAUAGCCACAAUGUUCCCCCGGAGCAUUCAGAUAUAAAGUUCGAUGACUCGGAUGGUUUAGACUCAGAUUGCAAUGAAGAGAUUGACAUGGAAAUGCCUUCGGGUGGCAUUAAUCCACCACCACCCAAUCGGUCUCCUCCACCAAUACCUACAGCUCAUGCUUAUCAGCCUGAUGACAGGACAACUAAGUUUGCCUCAUGCAAACAGGACUCGGUGCCUCACCUCCAUCCUAAACUGCCAGAUUAUGAUGCACUUGCGGCUCGAUUUGAAGCUCUUAAAAACCGUAAAUCAUGAACAGAAAGAUAGAUAUGCAUUUGUUGGUUAUUAUUUUUUUGUCAUUAUAUUUGCUCAUAUAUGUUGUGCCUCUGUUUUUCCUUUGAACAAUAUAUUAUAUAGUAAGUCUGUACACGGUAGCAUUUCCAGAGUAA